CUGAGUAAACAUCUUAAUGACAAACAUCACUGUGAUAUUGCCCCCCUCUCUCCAUCCCUCUACACUUUCCCCUGUCUGCAUCCCCCUCUAUAGCCAUGGUGGCUUCCAAAGGCGAGGGAGAGGAGAGAAAAUGCAGGUGGAUAAACUUCUACAAAACAAAUAACGAAUGAAAAUAGAAAAUCGUGGUGAUGAGCAUCUCAUCCGUGGCAAAGUCAGUUCCUCCCAAGGCCUUUCUUUCACAUCGGAGGGGACGGGGAGAGAGAGAGAGAGAGAGAGAGAGAGAGAGAGAGGCAGGGAGAAAGAGAGAGAGGGGGGAGGGAGAGGGGGGAGGAAAAGACGACGAUAAUACAGGUGCAUAAGCAUACGAAACAAGAAUCAUUUAAAAUAUUGGAACACGCAACAAAUAAAAAGGAAAAUCCAGAUGACGCCCUCUCCUCAUCCAUGGUGAAGGCCAUCGAAACCACAAAAAUGAAUUUCACUGCGGCGCACUGGCCCCGACACCCAAAAUACACCCAGCAUAUUAAUGGCUCUGACAUUGCUGGCAUGUUAAAAUGACAAAUCGAGAGAGAGACUGGGGGGAUGGGGGGGGGCCACGGAGGGAAAGAGGGGCAUUGAGGUAGUGAGGUAGGGUUAACGGAACGGGAUGGAGAGAGCAGGGAUAGCAAAGAGAGGGAGAGCGUACAGCGUUAUGUCCAACAUCCCUAACCACAUUAAAUCACCACACAAACAAUCAAAUAACGAUUGAAAACGACAAUCCUGGCUAUUGGCAGCACAUGCCAGGGAAAGCACGCAUUCUGCCCAAAUCCACACUGCUUCUCCGUUAUAUAGUUCGCUCCUCAAAAAAAAAAAAAACGUACAAAGAAAAAAAGAAUCCUGGUGCCUGGCAUCAUCAUAUCCACGGCAACGUACAGUACUUCCCAAACCCAUGCUGCUUCUAUGAACGAAGCCACAAUGGGUUAUCUAAUUCACUACUACAGAAUACAACAAAAAUGCAAUCUCGCCCAUGGACUAAUGUUUCUCGGUGAGAGAGAGGCAAAGGUCCUUUUCGGACCUAAGAUUCUCAAGCUGCCAGGCAGGUCAGCUCGUGUGUACUACAAGCCUGGCACCAUCACAGAGGACGUCCCAUACAUAUGACACUGCUCACCUUCGCUGUGUCACCAUAGCAGAAGAUGUCCCAUACUUAUGGCAUAGCUGACCUAGCAGAGGAUGUCCCAUACGUAUGGCACAGCUCAUCUAGAAGAGGGUGUCCCAUCCUCAUGGCACAGCUCACCUACGGUGGGCAACGCACAGGAGGUGCCCGACAAGGUGCAGAAUUUGCAGAAGAAGAGACCCAAGGGAUUCGUAGACUUCCACCAGCAGAUACAAACGGAGUAUUUUAAGUCGUUGUCCGUCUGCCACAAUGACCAUCCCAGCAGCAUUUAGACAGAAUGUUCUCUUUAUUUGCUUGGAUGCUCAUUGUGGCCAAGAACGUUAAGGAAACUGCACAAGUGUACCGGACAACAUUCUGUCUAAAGGGCAAAAGGGCAUAUUCGGAUGCUCCCUACCUGAUAUCAGUGAUAUGAUAUCACCAGCGCAGAACAUCUGGACAUCAUGCCCGCAUCUCAUCAAAAGUCUUUCUGGUAAUAAUUGACUAAGUCAAAACGCGCGGGCAUUUUUUCGGUCAGAACAUGCAGAUGUUCAUGCACCACCGUCGUGCAAAAUCGUAAGUGAGUUUCUAUGCUGAAUGUUCUAAGGGCAUAGUAGUGCAUUACUCGCCAUCCGCCAGGGAUUUGAAUGCAUCUGAACUCAAAUUUGCCCAGAUGCAUUCAAAACGUUGGCGGACGGCGGAUAAUGCAACGCUACCCUAACCGGGAUAGAUAAAGAGACGUGAGAUGGCGGGGAGUCCCUUGAGAUAAGAUCAUCAGGGCAAGAAGCUGAGCAACGUCACGCAUCUGAACGAUCGUCCUCUAGUUACCUUCUUCUCUCUUUCCAAUCUGCAGGGCUAUGCAAGACUUCAGGCUUUUGGCAUCUUGAGCUAGCUGAAAUGCCGUGUCAAAUUCCAUUCGAUUAUACGGAGUAUCAUCGAGAUUGCGCCGUGGGGAACAGCAUCUCUCGCUGGCAUUAACCCAGCAAGAAGUCGCUAAGACGGAGGUUCAAACCGCCGCAAGCCAUCACAAGACUAAAACCAAACCUGUCCUCACUAAAACAAGAGAGAGAACUAACUAAACCAGCAAGGACCUAGAGGAUCGAACGGGAAGCUCUCCCGCUCUGGAAAAAAGAGUAACCUAAGAAAGCACACCCUACCGCAGACUUUCGUAAACCUAUCUUCCACGCAUGAAGGACCAUGUUGGCCGAAUGCGUAGACCCCUACGAAAUCCUCUACACUAUCGUAUCUUGCAGUCCCAAGGAACCAGUUGCUCUCUCAGAGACUGUUUUUUGUAUAGAACGUCCCAGGGAACGUUGUAUGUUCCCAAGAAAUCCCAAAUACGGACCUUCGGACCCCGGACGUUCAUUCCUUCAACAAAACAACAAGGAAAAAAGAAAAAACAAGUCCACAUCCCCAUCUAACACAUCUGUCACAGGUGAGACGUUUCGCAUGGUCUCAUCACAGAUAGACACAAAGGCGCACACACACACACACAACACCCGCAUUCCCGCAUUCGUCGCCAUGCUGCAGAAAACACCCGCAUUUCCGCAUUCCUCGCCACGCUGCAGCUUUUAGUUUCUUUGCCAAACUACCGACUUGCAAUGAAGAACAAACCAGACGGUAAUCCACGCAUGUGCAAAAGACAACGA